GACAGAGAGACAGAGAGAGAGAGAGACAGAGAGAGAGAGAAACACUGUGAAAACACAACACAGAAGUAAGAGAGCGGCUGUGGAACCUGAAGGAGGAAACACAGAGUCACACGCCGUAGUUACCGAAACACUUUGUUUCCAAAGACUGAAGAUGAAGUCCUGGUUCUGCUGGAUUCUGAUCCUGUUCAGAAAUGUGUCGGCUGACCCGGCUCCUCGCUACGCCGUCCACCACACGUCGGUCACCUUCGAUCAGGCCGCAGAGCACUGUUCCCCCGCCGGCGUCCUCACCACGCUCGCCACCGAGCAAGAAGUCACUAACGUCCUGAAGGUGGUGGCCGUGGCGGCCGCGGCUCCACGUCGCGGCGAGUUCACCUUCUGGAUCGGGCUGAGGAAGCUGAAGGACGGGUGUGUGGUUCCCACGCUGCCGCUGAGAGGAUUCAAGUGGACGAAGGACGGCAGCGAGGAAUCGCAGGUGAGCCGCUGGGCCGAGGAACCCAAGCACACCUGCACGACAACUCUCUGCGCGGCGCUGAAGGGCGAGCUGGACGGGUCGAAUGUGACGCGUUGGGGUCUGAUCCCCUUCUCCUGCAGGAUGGCUAACAACUUCAUCUGUAAACUCACAAAUGCUGAACAAAAGCCUAACCAGCAGAAACCUGAUCCUGAAAAAGAACCAACUGCAUCUGGAACACCUCAACCUGAUACACAACCUACUAAAGCAGAACCUGGAACUGAUCCUGGUUCUCAGCGAGAACCGGCUGCAACAGAACCAUCUACAACUGCUAAAGACGCAACACAACAACCUGACAUGAAGCCUAAAACUACACCUGAGUUGCAGGGUUCUGGUUUUGAUCCGGUGGUGGGGUCGGAUUCCUGUCAGCCCCCCCACAUCCCCAGCGCCCGCUCCAUCAGUCUGGACCGGGCGAACAGCAGCAGGAUCCUGGUAGAGUGCUGGUCGUCGUCUGCACAGUUGGAGCUGCGUUGCUCAGGCUGGCCGGCAGUAUGGCGGCUGAAAGACGACUCGCCCGCCAACUUCACCGACAUCUGCGCAUCGUGUGACGCCGGCUUCCAGAAAGAUGCUUCAGGAAACUGCAUGGACGUGGACGAGUGCAUCGUUGGCCGUCCGUGCAGACACAGCUGCCUGAACACGGUGGGCUCCUACAGGUGCUUCUGCUCCGACCAGAGCGGGAAUCAACACAGUGAGGACUCGCCAGAGUGCGCCGAAGCGGCCACAAGCGGCGUCCUCAUGGUAGCGCUGGUUGCCGUGGCGGCGCUGGUGGUGCUAGUGUUGGUUGUCGUGGUGACGGUGAAGUGCUGCCUGAUGAGGCAGUCAAAGAAACGUGCCAUGAAGAAGGCAGAGAAGAUGGCAAUGGACAGCAAGGAUUCAUUCGAAACAGCCAAUGAGAAGGCGGCAACAUGAUGUAGUGAGAGUGACAUCAUCACGUGUCUCCAAAAUACAGAGAGGUGAAGUCCAAUUGUGGCUAGAAGGGAUACAGCUACGGCCGGAAGUUAUGCUAAAUUACUCUAAAUCUCGCUAAAUCUAGGCUAAUGUUGGAGCCAUAAUGCAACUUUGUUUCUUUUUUGUUUAUAUACCACGUUCACUGUGUCAGCAUGGCGUGUCAAUAUGUUGUUUGAUUUGUGUUUAA